AUGGAUGGGCUUAGUGAGGCCGACUCUCCAUCUUCGUGGAGAAGCACUCCUUGCCGACACAUGCGAGCAACCAAGGGGGUCUCGGCGACCGAGCCACUCGAUGACAUGGUCUCCACGGCCCUGGCCAUCCUGAGCGAGGAUUGCACGACUCCCAGUGAUCAGGGAGGAGAUGGAAAUGUCCAUCAAGGUAGGCCACUUAUCACGUACUCACGAGGGCUUGAUACAUAUGAAUUCCUGAGGCAAAGGAGCAUUUUCGAUUUCCCGGUGCACCAUGUACGUCUGCAGUUUCUGCAAGCAUAUCUUCACUACGUUUACCCGGGGCAGCCAUGUAUUAAUUUUGAUGAUGUCUAUAACCUCGAGCUUCAGCUCCCGGACUCGCCCCGGAGUCCGCUCUUAAUGUGGUCGAUUCUCUCUGCUGCUUGUCCAUUCGUUGAUAUCAACGCCAUACGUGAGACUGGUCACCCGUCUCGCCUUGAAGCACAAGCAGCGAUGAUUAGCAGGGCAAAGCUAGCUUACCAGGUGGGAACCGAGAAAGAUCAUCUUGUCCAGAUUCAGUCGCUGUUGCUGAUGUCGCUUUGGCAAGGGGACAACGACGGUCUACUGGAGGCUCCUUACUGGCUAGCUCAAGCUCUUUCUAUUGCUAAAAGUACUCGGUUAGACAUAGCCGUUGGGAAAUCAACAUGCCCCACAAGUGGCCUGAAGCGGAGGAUCUGGUGGUGUAUAUAUAUCCGUGACGUUCAGAUCGCCCUGACCUACCAUCGGCCCUGUCAGGUUCACGAAAUGUACGGUACAGCCCUUUCAAUCACCGAGAGUGACUUUGAACAAAUCGAAGGGAAUCCCCACUCCUUCAGCCUAUUUCAUCCUUCCGUUGUUCCCGUUAGGUGUGACGGGAGUCGAAAGUGGCUCGCUGCUCUAUUUAUUCAGAAGGCCAAGCUUUAUCACAAGACCAGUCGCGCUCUGAGCUCUCUCUAUAGCGUCUCCUGGACCCUGAACUCGGUUGGAGAUGCGUGCAGCGUAUUAUAUCCAAAGGACGGGGUAUGUGCAAAGGAUGUACUCGUGCAUCAGCUGAGCCUAGAGGACUGGAUUCGAGAUCUUCCUCUGGAGAUGCCCGGGUUUGAUAAGAACGAAAACAACUCAGCCUCCUUUAUACUACAGCAUACGGCCUUGAGGAUUGAGUGUCUCUUUGCACAAUGUAUGGUAAUCCAAUCACAACCACCUGACGAGAUGAACCAGUGUAUGCCCCCUGGUAUUCAAAUGGUGUCAUCGCAGAUCGUGUCGCUGGCCCGUAAUCUCCACUCUGACGGACUCGGUCGCUUUCUCCCAGCCAGCUGUAUGGCGGCGAUCGGAUUCACGACUGAGGUUUUCUCUCUUCAAAUGUCCAGAUAUGGAACAAAUAGUGGAACAGAAGCCUUUGUGAGCUACCUGGUCUGUGUCGCAUUAUUACGGACCCUGGAGGCGAUACAUCCUGUUCCCCCUUGCUACAUAUCCUCGCUCCAUACCCCCAUUACUAAAGCAAUGAAAGAAUAA